CUUCCCCCUCCUCUUUUAACGAAUGUGGAGAAUCUCCGUCACUGAACUUGAUGCUUGCAUUCAUAAUUUUAGGUCUUAAUUUUUUGCUAUUCAUUAUCUCUCACAAUUAGACCAUAAGUUCCUUGUAAGAGCAUGUGUUCUACUUACGUACUUUACCAUGAUAGAAAGGUGAAGAUGUCUAAGGACUCAGAGCUUGUUAGUGGCUGAGUCAGGAUUACUACCUGCCUGUUGCACCUGUUGCCGUCUAGUUGAUUCCGACUCAUAGCAACCCUGUAGGACAGAGUAGAACUGCUCUACAGGGUUUCCAAGAAGUGUCUGGUGGAUUCUAACUGCUGACCUUUUGGUUAGUAGCCGAGCUCUUAACCACUUAGCCACUAGGGCUCCGGAUUACUACCUAGAACUCCUCUAAUUCUCACUUAAGUGUGUUUCCUAUUGAUCUUGAUUUUUCUGUUUGAUAGAUAUCAUGAACAAUCAGUGUAUGAACAUACUUCACAUGUCAUUCCAAUUAUUUUGAUACAAUUUUAGACAAACAUCCGGGAAAGACUUAGGAAAAUAACUUUAGAUAGUAGAAUCCAUAUUGAAAAAUCUUUAUUUUAGUAUUAAUGAAGUGCUAGUGUUUAUAACUUUCUGUUGUGAAUCAGACAUCUUUUUAGAUCUCUUGGCUAAAGAAUAUAGGAAAUGAGGUAAUUGAUGCUGGAAUCCAUGCCUACUGUGAGCCAUAGGCGUACUGUGAUUAAACUUCUCAUGUCAGCUACUGUUACUCUGAACUUGUAACAUAUUUUUUGGAUUUAUGGAAUAUUUUCCAUUAAAUACAGAGUAUGUAAUAUUAAUGGUUGACAUUUGCUGACUGUUCACUAUGUAUUUACUCAUUAACACCCACAACAGCUCUCUGAAGUAGGUGCUAAUAGUACCUACAUUUUACAGGUGAGGAAUGUCCCAUAGCUACCAUGUAGUGAUAGAGGUGGACUUUGUAGUGAGCAGACUGGCUGCACAACCUACUCUCUUAUUCAUUAUGUUGUAAGGCUUCUCAGCAUUUAUCAACAUAAUGUCCACAUAACACUAAAUGGGGGCAAAUAUUACCUAAAUGUUAUGUAUUUUUCAGGACUUUUACAUUGCAGGAGAAAGAAACCCAGCUCAAACUGGUGUAUACAAAAGGAAGAAUUUAGUAGUUGAUUUAAAUAUGAGUCAGAAUGGACUCAGCAAAAUGGGUUUGUUUUUUGAGUUAACUGGGAUAAUCAAGCGCUUUAGGCAUAGCUCAAUUUCUCUUUUUCUGCCUAAGCUCUCCUUUCCUUUGUCCUUAUUUUCAGGCAAGAUUUUUUUUCCCCACAUAGUGGCAAAGGUGCCUCUCAGCUACUCCAGGUUUAAGUGGUCCUUUCAUUUUAAGAUCUCGGGAAGAGAUUGGUGCUCUCUUGAACGGUCCAAUUGCUAUAUACAAGGAAAUGAACGUGAUGAUGGAUCAUCAGAUUGGCUGUCCUCGGCCAUGUGUCCACUCCUGUGGUAGGGAGUUAUAGCCUCACCUGGCAGGGAAGGUGCACUUCUCAAAAGGGAGAGAUUCUGGGCCGAAAAAAGCAACGAGAAAUGUUAUCCAUUGUCUGAUCCAGACAUUUUAAUCUGAAAUGGGAGAGGGAGCAGUUGAAAAUCAAUUGAGAACUUGGUAAGACUCGUCAUGGACAAGAUACCUUCAGGGUCCGUAAAUCUCAGGAAUUGGGAAAAAUGGUGUUCAGCAGGAAUCGAGAAAACAUAAUUGAGAAGACUGGAUACUAAAAUUUUAUAAAGAAGGAAAAAAUUCCCUGUGAAACUAUGGAAUUGAAUGCUGUUGAGAAGAAAGUAUGAUAGAAAGAUAACAAAAGCAGUGGAGAAGAUACCUAAAAGAUUUCAGGAAGAGAUAUUGUGCAAAAGUAUAGGAAUUGAACAUGUGGUCUCAAGUUUCCAUUCAUUCUAGGAAGAUACAUGCAUUGCCAUGAAUAUCACUGCAUUUUGCAGGGAUAGGUUUAUCACUGGAAUGAUCUCAUAUUUUGGAUUCUGGCUAUAUUAUGAGUGACACUUUGACAUUAGAUGUCUUUGGUCGAAGAGUUGAAGUUAAUGGAGAACAUGCAACAGUACGUUUUUCUGGUGUUGUCCCUCCUACAGCAGGACUCUGGUUAGGAGUAGAAUGGGACAACCCCGAGAGAGGAAAGCAUGAUGGGAGCCACGAAGGGACUGUGUAUUUUAAAUGCAGGCACGCAACAGGGGGAUCCUUUAUCCGUCCCAACAAGGUAAAUUUCGGAGUAGACUUUCUUACUGCAGUUAAAAACCGCUAUGUGUUAGAAGAUGGACCAGAGGAAGACAGAAAAGAGCAAAUUAUAAUUGGAAAUAAACUUGUAGAAACUGUUGGUUUUGACUCUAUUAUAAAACAGCAAAGUCAGCUGAGCAAGUUGCAAGAAGUCUCUCUGAGGAACUGUGCAGUGAAUGGUGCUGGUGGAAAAGGAGGAAUUGCUGAAACGUGUCCUAAUAUUAGAAAGUUAGAUUUGUCAAGAAACCUGCUGUCCUCAUGGGAUGAAGUGAUACUUAUUGCUGACCAGCUUAAACACCUGGACGUUCUUAAUCUCAGUGAAAAUAAACUACAAUUUCCCUCUGGUGCACCAUCUCUAACAGGAACGUUUUCUGCAAUGAAGGUUUUAGUCCUUAAUCGAACAGGAAUAACAUGGGCUAAGGUGCUCCAGUGCGUGCCUGGAUGGCCAGCCCUGGAGGAACUGUACCUUGAGUCUAACAAUAUUUUCAUUUCAGAAAGGCCGACUGAUGUCCUACAGAUGCUCAAGCUAUUAGAUCUCUCCGGUAAUCAAUUAAUUGAUGAAAAUCAGCUGUUUCUAAUAGCAUAUCUGCCCAGAUUAGAACAACUAAUCCUCUCUAACACUGGAAUUUCUUCUAUACAUUUUCCGGAUGCUGGAAUUGGGUGCAAAACAUCAAUGUUUCCUUCCUUGCAAUACCUUGUCGUAAAUGAUAACCAGAUAUCACAAUGGUCAUUUAUCAAUGAAUUAGAUAAGUUGCAGAGUCUGCACUCUUUGUCUUGCUUAAGAAACCCCCUGACUGAAGUAAACAAAGACGCCCAGACUGUACGCCAGCUCAUUAUUGCCAGAAUUGGUCAACUAAAGACACUGAACAAAUGUGAGAUUCCCGUAGAGGAGAGGCGUGGAGCUGAGCUUGAUUACCGGAAAGCUUUUGGAAAUGAAUGGAAAAAGGCUGGUGGACAUCAGGAUCCAGACAAAAACAGACCAAAUGAAGAAUUUCUUGCAGCCCAUCCUAGAUUCCAGUUACUCUGCCUUAAAUUUGGUGCACCUGAAGAUGGGGAACUCAAAACACAACAACCAUUUAUGCUCAAAAAUCAGCUACUAAAGCUGAAGAUAAAAUGUCCUAAUCAACUUGAUCAAAAAGUCAUAGAGAAACAAUUGCCAGAUUCCAUGACAAUUCAAAAGGUGAAAGGAUUGCUGUCACGUCUUUUGAAAGUUCCUGUGUCAGAACUUCUGUUGUCCUAUGAAAGUCCCAAAAUGCCAGGCAGAGAAAUUGAACUAGGAAAUGACCAACAGACAUUACAGUUUUAUUCUGUGGAAAAUGGAGACUGUCUAUUAGUGCGAUGGUAAUGGUCAACUAUAGUAAUUUAUUGAAACAUUGAAACAAUUCUACUGUCAAAAAGUAUAGGGUUUUACAACUUGCCCUAAAGUAUAGAAAAGGUUGAUUUUUUUUCAUUGGAAAGAGACCAUUUCCAGGCUUGUAUAUAAUAAUAAAGGCUUUGUACCUACUAAUGAUUUUCUGAUUUAUUUCAUACUUAUUUUUACAGUUCAUCACUGCAUUUCAUUAUGUUUCAUUAUGUGAGGAUUUAAAUAUUAAAUAGAAACUAGCUAGCCUGAUGUAACCUGAACACAGUUAAUGUCUGUCAAAGAUUACUUUUAAUGUAAUUCUCUAUUGAAACUGCUAUUUAAAAAGGAAACUGCUAUUUAAAAAGGUUACUAACAUGAUUUGGUUGGUCAUUUUGGGAAAGGUCCCUUAAACUCAGUGAUGCCUACCCUCUACUGUUUAUAACAUAGAUGCUAUUAUAUCACUUCUUAGUUGCAGGACAUUUAGAGUACUUAAAAAAAAUUAAUCACACACUUUUCCUUAUAGUUAUACCUAAAUUGGGUGUAUCUCCUUUCAUAGAUUACCAUCUUUGAUUGAAAUUCACUUAUAUUAGGUAAACAUUCGGCAAUGAUAGGAGGAAAGCAAAGUUAAUUCCUUCAAAGUGUCAACUUAACUACUUAGAAGUAUCCUUCCCUACAGCACUAAGCCCUAAGAGUUGUGUAAUUUUACUCAUAUUCAUAAAAAUUUAGCUUUUAUAGGAGUACAAAGCUGUGCACUUCAGCAUUUAUGUUAAGUGACAAAAGAAGACUUGAGUUAUUAGCACACUUAAUGAACCUCUUUAAAACCAAGGUCCAGAACUGAGAAUUAUAUUGGUUUCUUUUCAAGCUGCCCACUUCAUUCAGAGAUCCACAAAAGCUGACAUUAUUUCCAGAAAUCCCCAAACUUUGGUAUAAGUGACCACUGCACACAAAGUGAUCACACAGCAUUUCUGUGAGUUCUUUCUGUCCCUUAAGCACCCUCAUUAGACUGUACACCUUAAGCACCCUCAUUAGACUGUACAGAGCUAUUCUGCAAUCCAGGCAGAAAUUCACUCAGUUCCUAGUCUAGCUUUCUGAAAUAGGCCAACCUUUAACCAUUAACUGAUUCAUAGGUUCUGUUAACUAGAAACAAUGCACUAGGGAUAAACAAUUUGAUAUUUUUCAAAUCUUCUAACAUAUAAAUAAAAUUUUUUCUUAUGCUACAGUAUCAGUUGAUUUUCUUUUUUUAUUGUUUGUUAUACUUUAAAUGAAGAUUACA